GCAACUUUAAGCUGAAUUACUAAAAGACUUUUGGGCAUUCAAUGGUGGUUUUAUGUCUCUGUCCUCAGCACAAGCAGACUUUGCGCCCUAUUUCUAUGACAAUGGACCUUACAGCCACAAUGGGAACCUGGCACUGUUCAGCCUCUCAGAGGACACGGCUGUCGGUACACAGAUCUAUUGUCUCAACGGCACAGACCCUGAAGGCCAGGAGGUGAGGUAUGGCCUUUCCUUUGAUCCAGGGUCCAAAGAGUACUUCAGGGUCGACCCCAUAUCAGGAAACAUCACAUUGGUGGAACAGCUGGACAGAGAGAAACAAGAUUCUAUUGAUGUUCUUGUAAGCAUCACAGAUGGGCAAAGCAAGGUUGUGGAAAGAGUCACAAUAUUUGUGAUGGAUACAAAUGAUGAAAAACCUGAAUUUCAAAAUCUGCCGGCAAUCAUUGAUGUACUGGAAACAACUCAGUCGGGCAGCAGCAUCUACAAAGUCGAGGCAGUGGACCGGGACACGGGCUCAGGUGGCUCAGUCACCUACUACCUCCAGACUCUUCAGUCCACUUUGUUUACCAUCGAUAGACACAGUGGUGUCCUUCGUAUAAAAUCUGGGGAAACAUUGGACUACGAGACAGCAAAGACACACUUUGUCACUGUCAUUGCCAAGGAUGGUGGGGGUAAUUUAAAUGGCAAGGAGCAGUUCAUGUCCUCGUCUGCUACCUUGACGAUCAACGUUAUCGAUGCACAGGACAUGCCGCCAUCUUUUAUUGGGACACCAUACUUUGGCUACGUUUAUGAAAUCUCAGUACCGGGAUCUGAAAUAUUCACUGUUGUAGCCAAAGAUGGUGACGUGGGUAAACCAAAUCCAGUCCAUUAUUCCUUCGAUGAUGGUGAUGAUGGUGUUUUUCACAUCAAUAAAACAAGUGGCUGUAUCACCCUGCUGACUUUCCCCAUGUUUUUGAAGAGAGAAAUCUUUAACAUUAAAGUCAAGGCGUCAGAAGUAAGUCCUGAAGGCAGACUCAUGGACUACGGGGUGACCACGGUGGUGAUCCGUGUGGUGGACCUGAACAAUAACCCACCUACUUUCUAUGGAGAGAAGGGCCCACAAAACAUAUUUGAGUUGACCAUGUAUGAGCACCCACCGGAGGGAGAGAUACUGCGGGGGCUGAAAAUCACAGUCAAUGACUCUGAUCAGGGUGCAAAUGCUAAAUUCAAUCUGAGACUGAUCGGACCAGGGAGGAUGCUGCGAGUCGUCCCUCAGACUGUUCUCAAUGAGGCCCAAGUCACAAUCUUAGUCGAAGACUCUGCGGCCAUGGACUAUGAGAAACAUCACUUUCUCACUUACAAGCUGCUUGCAGUUGAGAUUGAUACGCCUGAGAGAUUCAGCGCCACCGCAGACAUUGUCAUUCAUCUCCUGGACACCAAUGACAAUGCUCCGAAAUUCUCCUCAGAUUACUACAUCGCCAGAAUUCCAGAAAACUCACCCGGUGGCUCCAAUGUGGUGUCAGUCACGGCAACAGACCCAGACUCAGGACCUUGGGGUGAAGUAAAGUACUCUAUUUAUGGAUCAGGGGCUGACUUGUUCCUUAUUCAGCCUGCAUCUGGGAUUAUCUACACCCAGCCGUGGGCGAGUCUGGAUGCAGAGGUGAGGUCUAAAUACAACUUCUAUGUGAAGGCGGAGGACACAGAGGGGAAGUACAGCCUGGCUGAGGUGUUUGUGACUGUGCUGGACCUGAAUGACCACCCGCCUGCAUUCAAUGAUAACUUUCUUGAGACGACAAUGGUGAUUGGGGCACCAGUGAAAAUAGAGGCUGUAGACGAUGAUGCAGAAGUACCCAACAAUGUCAUCGAGUAUGCGAUCAUGAAAGCUGAACCAGACAACAACAUCUUUGACAUUGACGCUGACACGGGGGAGAUCAUGUUGAAGUCCUACAUUAAGUCAAUGGCCAUCAUUCAGAACAUAACCAAGCAAAGAGACUGCACCUGGUCCCUGGUGGUGCAGGCCCGCGACCGAGGUCAGCCAUCCUUCAGCACCACUGCAGUCGUCAAGAUUGACAUCACUGAAGCUACCCAACUCAAUGGGGGGCCUUUGGGAUCAUUUUUCAUGCAGAGUAGAAACAAGCCUAUGCAGAUCCUAGGCAUGCUUGCUGGUGUCAUUAGUCUCAUGGUCAUAGUCACGAUCAUCAUCUCCACUGCAACAUUCAUGCGCAACAAAAAGUCCAACCGGAUCCUGCCUAACCGCCGUGUAAGGAGGAGACCAAGGAAACAGCAGACCUGGAACUUCAAAAACCCUUUCAAGAAGCCAGAAACUCAAGGAGAGAAAUUCAGAGUAGAAGAGGAACAGCAGGAGCCGGAGGUCAUCGUUGAGAAUGUCAACUACAACAACAAUGUCAGCAAUGUUGUGAGACAAUGGCCCCCACCUCCUGCCCCAUCUCUGCCCCCUCCACCACCCCCUUACAUCCCAGGGGAGAGGCAGUGGGUGGUUCCCACCGUUUCAGCAACAGUGCCCAUCAAACCUAAAAAGAAGCCAGUGAUAACCAGACAGGACACUGUGAACAAAGCUUUGGUUUCAGAGCUCAAGAUGAGACUCGAACAGAAGAGGUUGAAACAUUACUAGUGCUUGACGUAACAAUCUCAGCUCUUGGUCCAUUUAGGAGCACUUCUGAAGAUUUCAUGCAGCAGAUCCGUCCAGUUGUCACCAGGAAUGCACAAGUUUGAAUUUCCAGAUCUUCCCAUGUUGCCAUAGAGACAAAUGGAAACUUUAAAAUGGAAAACCAAAUACUGAAGUGUGCAGACUUCAUCUGAAAAGCAUGAAGGUCAUAUGGUAUGAUCAAAAACUUCGCAAUAGACACAAAUUGGGCCUUGACUUGGACUGUUUUGUUGACUGACAUUUUCAAAGCAAAGAGUAAACUUUAAAACUCAAUCAUUAAUGUGUGUGUGUGUGUGUGUACACGUGUGUCUGUGUUCAUUUUCAGACAGAUUAUACACACUGGAACAGCUUUCAUCUGAUGGAAGAAAUUUCCCGUCAUCAUUCAGAUCAUGUUUUUCUUUGACAUCCAUUUAUCGUUUGCUUCUGGUUGACACUUCUGUGUCAUUUAUUAACAGAUAAAUUCCACCUUUUGAACCUUUUGUUGACACACUAGUGGAUUAGAGUUCCCAACCCAGAUCCCUGGUGACAAAUGAAGUCAUUCAGCAAGAAGCAAGCAACAAGCAAAACUGUUUAUUUGGGAUCCACCCAAGCUCCUUACAAGAGAUUUCAUGACACUUGAACUGACUAAAGAGAUCAGUCUGAGGGAAGGGAAGCAAAGUGAUCACGUUAGGACGACCUUUAAUCCUACUGAGCAGGUGUAAAGCACUGUUCAGAGCCCUGGUUUGGAGCAGUCACGAAAUGUUUAAUUUCAGAUUUAAAAGACUGUGUUUCAUUUGUUUACUAUUGUAUAUCUGG